AUGGGUAUCCCAGGACUAUGGGAUCUCAUCGCCGAUUGCAAAGAAAUUAUCUCACUCGCCGAACUAGCUACCACACAUUUUGAACAUCAUAAAAGACCGUUGAGAAUAGCUGUUGAUGAAGCUACUUGGAGACAUAAAUUAUUUAUUAGUAAUAAGGGAAAACUUUGUAAAAAAUACUCCACCAUCCACCUCAACGAACGAAAUCUCAUAACCUUCGUUCUACGUCUCCUAAAUUUAAAUAUCCAACUCAUAUUCGUAGCAGAUGGUCCUCAAAAACCUUGUGAGAAAAAUAAAGGUAAAGGAGCUGGAGUGUGGAAGUUUAAAAAUAAUGUUUUGCAAGAGGCGUUGAGGUUGUUGGGGGUGAAGUGGCAUGAUGCUCCUGGGGAGGCGGAGGCAGAAUGUGCGGUUUUGCAGAGGAGGGGGACGGUGGAUUGGGUGUGGACGGAGGAUGGGGAUGCGUUGAUGUUUGGGUGUGGGGGGUUGGUGAGGUUUUGUUAUGGGGGUGAGGGAGAGGGAGAGGGGGAGGAGAAUGAGAAUGAGAAUGAGAAGGAAAAUGGGAAGGGAAAAGCAAAGAGUAGUGGUGUGUGGACGGCUAAAAGAGGAGGAAUGAAGGAUUUGGAUAGAGUGGUGUUGUAUAGAGCCGAUACUAUUCAAGCCAAACAUCCGGGAUUUGAUAGGGAGGGUUUGGUACUUUUUGUGUUAUUGAGCGGAGGAGAUUAUGGGAAAGGAUUACAGGAUUGUGGAGUUGGAAGGUCAAGUAAAGUUUUAGAGAUGGGAUUUGGAAAGGAACUUUGUCGCGCGAUGGAGAUAUCUGGAGAUCUUGAUACUUGGAGAAAUAAUUUACGGAAAUAUUUCAUCGGCUCGAAAACAGGUGUUAGUAUUCCGGGAAGUUUUCCGGAUAGGAGAAUUUGGGGUCUUUAUAAUUCGCCGGUUAUAUCUUCAGUUGAGAGAUUGAAGAAAUUGGAGGAGAAUAUUUGGAAGGGGAAGAUUGAUGAGAAAAAAUUACAAACUUUUUUCGUCGAAAAGUUUAAUUGGGGAAUUGAUAAAUAUAUCGACUAUGUUAUUCCGAUUCUCCUCACGAAAUCUCUCCUCACGAAAUCUCUCCUCACGAAAUCUCUCCUCACGAAAUCUCUCCUCACGAAAUCUCUCCUCACGAAAUCUCUCACUUCUUUCGACCGGGAUGGAAAUUCGAAUAUGGAUGUGUAUAAUCUUACAUAUAUGGAAUUUGGAUUCAAAUGUAAGGUGUGGUAUUCAUUAUUUGCUGUUACAUCUUUAGGGAGAGAAUGGGUGGAUAGGUGUAUUGGGGAUUUGAAUAAGAAACGCCCGAAUCGUUGGAAACGUUAUGAAUUACCUUGGGGUACGGAACCAACGGUUGAGGGGAGAGAUUUAUUAACAUGUAUUAUCAAGUAUGUGAUGGGACCAGAUUGUGAUACAACAAUGGCAUCUGAGUCUGAAGGCGAACUCGAAAGCCGUAUUUCCAAUAGCAGAAGACGAUCUCUUUCGCCUCGACGAACUAUCCUAGAAGAUAGAACACGAAUUAAGAAAUCUAGAAUUUCAAUUUCACCUCCGCCGACACCGACAUUGACACCACAUCAUCGAACCGCGGUACCAAAAGAACAAAUAUCUUUUGACACUUCCAUAUAUGAAGACAUAGAUGAAAAUCUUCCUGACGAACCUUUACCCACAGAACCAAAACCACAACCUCUCAAACCACCCCAUUCAAGCUCCCGACCCAACAUUCCCAACGACCAAAAACCACAACAAGAUCACCACACCAACAUAGGAGAAAGAGCAAUAAAAUCCAUCAAACCCCCAAAAUCAUCCAAAACCACCCAUCAUAAUCAUAAAAUCAAACCACCACCAAUAAAUACCACUUCCUCAUCCCGCACAACCCAAAAUCCUGCCACGAAUCUCCGCUCGGAUAUCAAAAUUAACCGGAUAUCAAAAACUUCAGCAUCUCUCCCUCAUUUUGUAACCGCGGGUGAAGAUGUCGAUUUUAUAGAUACAUAUCACAUAGCUAUGGAUGUGCCUUUAGAUUCGGAUUCGGAUUCUGAUUACGGAUCCGAAUGCGAAAUCAUCGAUAUUAAUUCGGUUUUGAAAUCGGGAAAUUUGGAUAUUUUUCCUCGGUCAAGUAGUUACAAAGUUUCAAGGGGCAGUUUACAUUCUUGUAGAACCUCCAAGUUCACCUCGACCUCGGCUUCUCAUCUCAAACGCACUUCGAAUACCACAGAUCCCCUCCCAAUGCACAUCCUCGCACCCAACCAAAUCCCCCAGAGAUCCAACCACCAAUCCGACUUCGAAAAUGACUACAAAUUUGCCAAUGACUUCAAAAACGAUGAUCUCAUCGCCAUGGACGAACCAUUAGAUUCCGAUCUCGACUCCAACUCCAACUCCAACUCCAAUCCCAAUCCCAAUCCCAAUCCCAAUCCCAACUCCAAAACCAAAACCCCCAUCUCCAUCUCCAUCUCUUCAAAAUCAACAUCAAUAUCGAUAUCAAAAUCAAAAAAACCUCCUUCCGAACAAGGACAUAGACCGCUAGUUUCACAUCUCGGAUUUAAUGCACAUUCUUCUUCUGAUUUAGAGAGGAGUUCUGAUUUAGAGAGGAGUUCUGAUUUAGAGAGGAGUUCUGAUACUGAGGGUAGAGGAAAGAUACCCAUUUUAUUUACUUCUUGUGGUCGUGUUUAUGGUCACGAAGAUGUCAUGACUACAAAGGGAGAUAUCCCAUUUGACAUCUCAUCCGAUAUAUACAUCACCACAAACGAGGAACUACAACCACAUCUACCAAAACAACCAUCAAAGCAAAGACGGCAGAACCUAAUCAACAAACCACCAUCCUUACCAUCCUCACCAUCCUCACUCAAACCCCUCAAACCCCUCAAACCUCUCAAAACCCUCAGAAUCCCCAACUCAACAUCAACAACCUCCAAAAACCUCAAAAAUGCUUCAACAUCUGAUUCAAAUCCACACCAAAAUACACCCGCACCCGCACCCGCACCCGCACCCCCAAACCAAAAUCCCAACCCCAACACAAACCCACACAUCAUCCUCUACCCCUCUCACCCCACAGGUCCCUACCAAGAACUAGAUAUUUCGAUAUUUUUGUCCUCUUCUUCUUUUUCUCCUUUAUAA